AUGCAGAAUGCCGAUGGAAACCACCGGCAUUCUGCACGCGGAGCUGGUGAAGGAGAACAAAAACUCCGCGAAGAGGAGAAUUUCCAACAGAGACAAGAGGUGAAAUCCGACAAUGUUCUGCCAGCAUACUGCGAGCCACCAAAUCCAUGCCCAGUCGGAUACACCGCUGCCGAUGGAUGCUUAGAGGAGUUCGAAAAUAG